UGCACUUCAGUCGUCAUAGUUCUCCUUGGCGAACGGCCAUCACCGUAAAACUUUCAAUAAUAUUUUAGUGGUACUACAAAAGCGGUAUAUUAAUAUAAUAUACAACUCACACCGAGUCCAACGAUAGAUAUGCACCCGCCGUGGUUGUCACUGUGCCCUGUCGUCCUGUACCUGAUCGCCGGAGCAACGGUCCUGCUGGCCGCCGACAACGUCACAACGUCUACCCCGGUACAGGAAGAUCCACAGGGGAGAUGCUCGAACAAUUACACGAUGACUUGUGUCAAGAGGGACGUACUAUUGUUCCUGGACGCUUUGGACGGCGAACGGAGCUACGAAGUGUAUCCGGGAUUCACGUUGUUCCAGAGGCGCAGCCCGUCAGCUGGCAUGCUGCCGAGCAACGAGUCGCUGGAAGCGGCCAACUCCAGCCAGCUGGACCACAUGAUCGCCAAACGGCUCAACGAUUACGUCGAGAGCAUCGAUCUACGGGUCAGACUCCUCAAUCCUAUCAACGCGACGGCCCGAUCGGUUGGUAACAGCAUGCUCGAACGGAUUCUGCCGUUUCUCAGAAUGAGUAGAAAAAAGAAAGACCACCACGGGCUGUAUUGGGCGGCGGGCACGAUGGCUGCAGUCGGAGCCAGCGCUCUGAUGGCUCUUUCCAGCAAAGCCUUGAUGACGGCUGGAGCGGCGCUGGCUCUGGCAAUCUACAGCUGCAUGAAGGGCGGUGGCGGUGGCGGUGGCAAGGGCGGUGGCAGUCACUUAACGGCCACACUGAUGGAGGAGAGCACGCUGGUGCCACACCGGCAGUGCGCUGAGGCGGUGGUGGACAUCUCUGGCGUGCACAACUAUCCGGCGGACGUGGAACGGUAUCCGGGGUCCCGGAAAACGGUAGACAUCGUGUCACCCGCCAUGCCAGUCUACAGAAUCCAUCAGACGUCCGAGGACUACUCGUCGUCGUACGGCUCGUCUCAGCCCCAGUCCCAGGCCCAGUACCCGUAGCGCUUUGCAACUGCUAUCGGCAGUGGCAAUAGUGGUGACAUGUAGGUACUAUGACGGCGAUAACCAGUGUCCGAAACUCAAUGAUCUAAAACUGUUUCAAAAAAAAAAAGACGAAAAUGCUUAGUAAAUUGAUACACUUACCCAUAUAAUUAUAUAAUAUAUUAAAUUAAAAUACUAAAGACCGUUUCAUAAUCCGAAUUCCAUAAAUUAAGGAAUUAAACAGAAUAAAAACACAGGAAAUCACAGUAGAAAAAAUUAUCUGUACGUUUUAAUUAAAAUACUCCUAAACGCUAACAAUUAGAAAAUUUUAUUUUGGAUGUACUAUUUGAAUUUAUGUGAAAAUUUAAGGUUUUAAUGGACACCGUUUACUACGAAUAAAUUUA